AUGAACAUUGAUAAAAAUAUUGGAAAUGAGGUAGUUAUAAUAGAAAAAGAAAAAAAAGAAAUUGAAGCAGUUAUUAAAAAUGAUGAGGAAGGAAUAAUACAACAUUCUACAAAGGAUAAUGUGAUCGUACAGGAAAAAAAGUGCAUAGUAGUUAAUAAAGAAUGUAAUGAUAAUAAUGGUAAUGAUAAUAAUGAUAAGAAUGAUAUUAAUGAUAAUGAUAAUAAUGAUAAGGACAUAGAGGAAUACUUAUCAGGACCAGAAGAAAACACUAUGGAAAAUAAUAUAAUUUUAAGUAGUAAUAAGAACAAAGAAGAUAUUGGAAGUAAUAACUGUAAUCACAAAAGUAGUAGAAGUGGUAAUAAUAAUUCAACAGGUACAUUAAAAACCUUCCAUAAUUACUUCGAGGAUAAUGUAAAGAACAUUGUAGAAGCAAAUUCUGAUAAAAUAUUUAAUAAAAAUACAAAUAACAGCUUGAUCGCAAUAGUAAAUAAUUUGAAUUUGAAAGAAGGGGUUACAAGUAGUUGUAGUAAGAAUGUAAUAAACCACAAUAACGAUGAAAAUAUCAGUGAAUGUAGUAUUGCACAUGCCAUUGAAAAAAACGAUGAUUCGAAUAAUAAUAUAAACUGCGAAAUAAAUGGUAACUCGAGCGGUAAACUGAACAGUUAUCCUAUUGACAGUCCAAGUGAUAACCCAAAUGACAAUACUAAUGAUAAACAUAAUAAUAAUCCUAGUGACAAUCUUAAUAAUAAUGUUAACCCAAAUGACAAUGCUAAUGAUAACGAUAACCCUAAUGAGAAUGCAAAUGAUAAUGAAAACUGCCCAAAUGAUGAGGAAGGUACUGGCUCAAAUGAAGAUAAUUUGGAGGACACUGUUGAGAGUAUAAGUAGCUUUAUGUUAGAAGAAGAUAUGAAUUUAUCUAGAAGAGCAUAUAGAAAUUUUCAAAUAUGCUCUCUUUUUAUUCAUUCAACUCUUUUAGUUAUGGUAUUAUUACUUUUGGGUAUAUUGUGCCAUGAUUUUUUCAGACCCUCACUUUCGAAUAAAGAAACCGUAAUGAUUUAUUUUUGUGGUAUAUUAUUAAUCUUAUUGUGUCUUCAUAUUUGUGUUAAUUUAUAUAUAUCUAUAAGAUUAUUAAGACAAUGGGAAGUUUCGAAAAUUUUGAAAUCUGUCGAGUCCAAAAUUCAUGUUAUUGUUUUAGUAUAUUUCGCUAUGUGUGCAUAUAUAUAUUUUUUCGAGGGGAGAAGUUAUCCAAUUAAUUCUACCUUUUCGUUUACAAUAAUCUUAGCAGUUAUAUAUUAUUUAAUGCCCAUAUUUUUAUAUAUAAUACUACGCUUGAUUUUUUGUAUUAUUUUAUUAAUAUUAGUUUUUUUAAAAAGAAAAAGUCCCACUCCAAAAAGAAUUUUGAAAAAAUUAAAAGUAAUGAAAUAUAUAGAAUACAGAAAAUAUUGUGAAGAGUGUUACUUAAGUGGUAAUUAUUUCUACAAUGAAAAAGAGGAAAUUCAACAGGAGAGAAUCAAAAAUGAAAAUGCUAUUACUAUAAUAGGAGUUGAUAAUAUAGAGGGAAUAGAUAAUAACAAAGUAUAUCAUCAGGAGGGUAUAGAUAAGGACUUACGUAGUCAUACUAAUCCAAAUGUUUACACCAACUCGACAGAGGCUUCAUGUAUUCAGAAAGGAUACUUAAACAAAAGCAUGGACAAUGAUCUUCCACCUACUCUUAAUAAUAAUAUUAUUGCAUCAUGUGGGAAUGUUAGUAAUAGCAACAUGAUAAAUUAUUUAGAAAACAAUAAUAUUUUUAAGUGUGAUACAAACAUAAACCCAGGGGAGAAUAUACCCGAUAGUGCAGAUGUACAAAUUUGCAGCGAAAAAAAAAAUGACAACACGAGUAUCAGCAAUUAUAGCUGCCAAGAGGUGAAUAAUAUUAAGAGUGAUAAUGAUUAUAGUAACAAUAAUAAUGAUAACAGUAAUAGUAAUAAUAAUGACAAUAGUAAUAGUAAUAGUAACAAUAAUAAUAGGAAUAAUUACUGCAUCACAAAUACUACUGAACAAAUAGAUGGAUCAAACGAGGACACGAAAACAGGAGUAUUUGAUUAUUUUCAAAAAGUUUUAAAAAAAAAAAAAAAUGAUAUUGAAAAGGAGAAAAAUGAAAUAUACGGAAUAUAUGAAAAUGUGGAAGAUAAUAACUCAGUUCAUAUUAAUAUUGAAAAUUCAGAUUAUGUGUGUUCAAUUUGCUGUGUCGAAUAUUUAAAUGAUGAUGAUAUCUGUAUAUUACCUUGUAACUAUCUUCAUUAUUAUCACAAAGAAUGUAUAUUUACUUGGCUAAAAAGAAAUAAUGAUUGCCCAUUAUGUAGAAAAAAUAUUGGAAAGUUAUAA